CAAAAGACUGAUGGAAGAGACGGUUUGACAUUCAAAAUAUUGUUUUUGCAGGAUUAUACACGUCCUGAUUAAGCCUGGGAUAAAAACUCUGCAUCAAGGUUGUAAAGUAUAGUUUAUUCAAAUGGCGACUCUGGUCGAAAUUCAGUUGGACAGGAAAAGUUGGUACUUACAACUUGAGGCUAGCCAUGAGUGCUGCCUUACAGCCUCUUACUAAUGGMAAUGCGAGAUACAAGACAGAAAUCAUAAUAAUUUUAAGAAAAGGACGACGAGUCGAGCCAAUGAUGGAAACAAAUAAAGAAAAUGUAUCACCGAUUAAAGCGUCGGUAGUGGCAAGCGACAACGACGUGGAUGGAAUGACUGAUAGUUUCCAAAAAAGGCUCGAAAUUAACGGGAUCGAUAAGGACGGUCGAUACUUCUUGGAUAUAAUGAAAAGAGAAACUGAUCGAUUAAUGAGUUUAUGUGAAUCAUCUGAGAAGGCGAUGAAUGAUGACUCCCCAUCCGAAGAAGUUUGUGGGAAAGUCAGAGCAGCAAUUGGAAAAUCAAAAUUAUUAACCACAAAAAAGUUUAAACAAUUCAAAGGACUGUGUGAACUCAACUUGGGUAUUGGGAGCAGUAAUGGUAGGAGACCUACAAAUGCAGAUCUUGCAGGGUUUUGGGACAUGGUCAUGAUUCAGGUUGAUGAUGUUACAAAGAUGUUUGAUAACAUUGAAGAGCUGCGACAGAAUGGCUGGGUUGAAAAGUCACCCAGAAAAGAAAAUGGCGAGGAAGUAACAAGAAGAUCAUCAAUAACAAAAAGGUCAUCUCUAAAACGAGAGUCAUCCUUUGGAAAAGUGCCUUUGACAAGACAAAGGUCUAGAGAGGAAAUUAAAGAUUUAGAAGUUAAGCAAAGAGCUGCUGCUAGACAGAGACUAGCUGCUGCCAAAAGAGCAGCAAGACAAAAAGUCAACAGAAAUAGUAAUCCAUUGGACAAUGUGGAAAUCUUUUGUUCUCCUCAUAAAUAGCGCAGCAGCUGAACAAAGAUGAACUUUAUCAGUGGAAUAAAAGAUGUUAUUAGUUAUUGUUGGAGAAAUAAAGAAGAAAUAAUUGGUAAAGAUGGUGAGCCUGAAGUCAACAUAAACCAUCAGCUUAUUAAUGCAAGUAAUAUUUUAUUAUACAAGUCCCGCCAAUAAAACAAUAUAGAUCUACUAAUUAAUGAAGCAUGGUUGAUCCUGGGGCGCUGGAAAUUUGGCAUUUUCAUACUAUGUACAUAUGCAAUUAUACACACACACAAAAAUUGUCUAAUUUUUUUGUCUAAAUCUAAUUAAAUAUAAUUAUUUCAGUCAGGUUCAGUCAAUUACCUUUGACUAGUUAGACAAAAUUAUCAAAUUUUGGGAUGCUAAUCUGCUUUAUUUAUUGAUAGAAUAUUCCUUUUAAAACAGAAAUCCAUUUAGACAUUCAUUUUAGACCGAGUUAUUUAAUAAUAUAUAUACCUAGGUGCACUUGCCACAGUCACACCAAAAGGGCAUGUGUGAUCAKCUAGCCUAGACGAAGCAAUCAUAAUAUUUUAUUAAUGGCAAGCAAUUAUUGAAUUAGAUAAUGUCAAGAUAAUGUCUCAUUUAGUGUCAAAAUUUCAAAUUUUUUUCAUUUUUUUUUUCAUUUUUUAUAAUAAUGAAGAAUUGAUAGGAUUGAUUUGAAAGGACAUUGAAACUUUUUUUUAGAAAAUUUAUAGAUAUGUGUCAAGUAUUACUUUCACAGAUAAUAUCAGUAAUAUUAUAGGAAUUUCCACCAUUCAAGAUGAACAAUUUCCCGUUAAAGACACAUCUAGAAAAUCCAACUGAUUUUUUUUCUUUGAUCAGUGCAACACUUGGAUGCUCUAGUGCCAUUUAYUGAUAUCACAUUAUCUUCAAAUGUCAAUCAUCCAAUCCUAAAUUAACAUUUUAUAUCGAUGUGAUGUUCCUAAUUUAGAUAAACCAUGUAGCAUUUUUAUUGCAUGUUUAUUUAUUUAUAAUUCAAUUAACCCAACAAACUAAUAAGCUACUGUAUAUGUUUAAAGAGAAUGCCAAAUUUCCUGUUUUCUGGGAAUCUUUACAUAAUUUUUUGUAGAAAAGAAUUCAAAGCAUAAUCUAUAUCUUAUCAUAAACAUCAAGUAUUAUGAUAUUUAAACAUGUUAUACUAUGUCUUCCUGUGGCAUGACAUGGAUUAUGAUUAUAAUAAGUGUUUGGAGUAAUCACUCUUKCCUUAGUAAUGCCAUGAAAUGUCACUGGAAAUCAUAGUCUGACAGUUACUAUGGCCGAUGGAAAGAAAUGGCAUUAAUUUAGAACCAUUCUCAUUUGCUGCGAUAAUUUUGUUUUAUAUUUAUUACAGCUGUUUUCGAAACUGUCGCUCAAAAGAACAAACAGUAGUAAGACCAGCUGUGAUAGUCCUCAUUGACAAGUGGUAAAACCAAAUUUCGAUUUCGGAAAUUUGGCUACACAUUCGAGUACUUUCUGCCAUGCCUUUUUGAAAACCUUAUGGUCACAAAUCAGAAACAGGAAGAGGAACAUCCAAGUUGAGGACUAUUGCACACAUUGAAUAGAAAAACACCAAUUCUUUGCAUUUAUUGAUAGUUAGAUUGAUAAAGACACCUACCUAUACAAUUCUUGAAAUUUUGUGCAACAUUUUGGAAAGCAGUUGUAAUUGUUAAAUAUUAUUAAUUACUUUAAAUUUGCAAAAGCCAUGACAAAACAUAUAGACACAAUAUAUUCUGUUGUGUUUUAUAAUUUAACAAAAAAUACUAUUGUGUUAAAUACUAAUUUUAGCCAUCGACACAGCUGGGGAGGGGUGGGGAGAAAAAGUUUUUGUAUAUAUAUAUAAUUCGAUAAGUUUAUUCCUACAUUUUGUAGAAGCAAGUUGAUAUUUGCCGCAUGUGUAUACUUUUUAGAGUAUACGACUGAAGUUGUCUUUUUUUUCUAUCUUUUAUGUUGGUAUUCAAUGUAGCAUAAAAAUCUAUGGUUACAAAUAAAUACAUUUCAACUAUCA